CAAAAACCCUAACAAAACCCUUAUUACGGCGGCAAUCUUCGGCACCGUAACACCUCGCGGGAGAAUUUCCCGGCAAGCUAUCCUGUCUGCCGGAGAACCUUCUGGUAACAUCCUAGCUCUGGAACCCUUAAACGUUCGACCUCUCGACGUGCUCCCCAAGUGGUGGCGGCUUCGACUUGUUGUUCCGCAAUAUUUUGAUGCCUUAGCUUAGCUCCUUCAUUGUGACCGAGUGGGGGUUUUUAGGGUGUUCUUGGUGGUCAAGGAGAAGGAGGAGAGAAAUGGUGCGGCCGUACGCCGUCAAGGGUCUAAAGCGCAAGAAGAGGGAUAUUGAGAAGGAAGCCGCGGCAGGGGGAGAAGAGGAGAAGGAGUCGACGGUCACGGAGUCUGUGGGGAUUCAUACCUUGCAUCCUGCUGCUGCGGUUUCAGGUGACGGAGCCAAGGCCGGAGUCGUGUUCGUCCUGGAGAAGGCGUCGUUGGAGUUCGCGAGCGUUGGGAAGACGUACCAGCUUCUGAAUUCAGACGAUCACGUCAAUUUCUUCAGGAAGCAUAAUCUUGAUCCUGCUGCUUAUCGUCCAGAUAUCACUCACCAGGCUCUUCUUGCAAUUCUAGACAGUCCUCUGAAUAAAUCGGGGAGAAUUCGAGCGUUGUAUGUCCAUACAGAAAAAAAUGUCCUCAUUCAAGUGAACCCCCAAGUUCGAUUGCCAAGAACGUACAAACGUUUUAGUGGUGUCAUGUUGCAGGUGCUGCAGAAUAAGAACAUACGAGCUGCUGAUGGCUCUGGUUUCCUGCUUCGCAAAGUAGAAAACCCAGUAACACGUCAUUUACCAGCCAAUUCUCAUCGAAUAGGUCUUUCCUAUAGUUCUCAAAAGUUAGUCCAGAUGUCUAACUAUGUGGCUUCAAUAAGUGAUGAUCUUAACCUUGUUUUUGUGGUUGGUGCAAUGGCCAAUGGAAAGAUAGAUACGGAUUAUAUUGAUGAUUUAGUAGCUGUCUCUGCAUAUCCCCUAACGGCUGCCUACUGCAUCGCAAGGAUCUGUUAUGCUUUGGAGCAGAAAUGGAAAAUUUUGUAGAUUUCCGCCCGUGUUUUAGCGGGUGCCCUGUUUUGUUCAUCAUUUUCUUCUCAAUGAAGAUAGGCGAUCCAUAUUCCAGCAGUUUUCUGGGUAAAUGGAUUUAUAUGAAGUUCAUCUUGUCCAGUGAGAUGCGGUUGUUGGACUAUGUGAAAUCUCUCUUCGUUCCAGCUGCUUGUGAAGUAUACGGGUGUAAUUUUAGCUGGCCUUGCACGAAACCGGAAGGACGAUCUCAAACUGUAGCCGAGCUUGAUUGUAGUAGCUUUAAUUUAUUUUUGGACAUAUAUCCAAGAGACCAGAGAAUUUUAAACCAAAAAGGCAGAGCGAAUUAAUCAUGGAUAUGCUCCUUGCACUAAA